GUGAUUUUCUUCUUUUUCUAUGUUUCUCUUUGUCUUUUCAAGUCUCUCACUCUCUCUCCAUCUCUAAGUCGCUUCAGCUUUACAAUAAUGCCAUAGCUAGCAAGUUAGCAACCUUUCAACUCUUUCUUCUGCCUCAGUCUUUUGGUAGACUGGUCUCUGCUGGAUUUUUGCUGACUCUUCAGCUUGAAAGAGCAGCUGGGUUUUCUUAAUUCGUCGAAAUAAAGUGUCUUUGCCUGUAUUCUUGGAGAUUUGGAAACUGGGUUUGUGAGGUAAAGACUGCAUUAGUUUACAUUGCUAUUUAAAAGUGAAUAAAUAUUGAUUCCUUAAACACGAUCUUAGCUUGGAAGAUACCAGAGUCAUUCUAAAGAGUAAAGACAUGUGGUCAACCUGCAUUCAGCUGAAAUGAAGACCUCACAGAGCACUCAAGAAAUCCAAUCAUCAAGUCAAGUUAUACAUGAUUCACAAGGUGAAGUCAAAAACCAAACUACCGAGGCUCCUGCAACGGAUUCAGCUUCUGUAUCCACUUCAGGCAAUGACAGUAAGAAAGUAUCACGUCAAGAUAUCGAACUUGUCCAGAAUCUAAUAGAGCGGUGUUUACAAUUAUAUAUGAAUAGAGAUGAGGUAGUUAAAACCCUCUUGACUCGCGCAAGGAUAGAUCCUGGAUUUACAACUUUGGUAUGGCAGAAGUUGGAAGAAGAAAAUGCGGACUUUUUCAGGGCUUAUUACAUAAGGCUAAAACUGAAAAAACAAAUCCUCCUGUUCAAUCAUCUACUGGAGCAUCAUUAUCAUCUCUCAAAGUAUAAUCCCAUGUCUCCAAAGGUUCCUUUGGCCCCUAUACAAAAUGGGAUUCAUCCAAUGCCUGUUAACAACUUACCAAUGGGAUACCCUGUCCUUCAGCAACCUCCAAUGCCAGCAGCAGGUCAACCCCAUCUUGAUUCCAUGGGCUGUGGAAUAUCUAACUGUCAUGUAGUUAAUGGAGUACCUGCACCUAGCAAUUUUCAUCCCAUGCGGAUGAAUUCUGGGAAUGAUAUGAUGAUGGACUGCAGCGGUGCUGAUGUGGUUCCUGUCAUUCCACCAAACAGUGCCAUGUCAUCCAUGUCAGAGAUUCCUGUUAGUCCUACAUCAGUUGCAUCCAGUGGUCACUUCCCAUUCUCCGCGUCAGACAUAUCAGGAAUUGGAGUAGACACAUCAACACUUGAUACAACAUUUACAUCUGAUGUGGCAAGUUCUGUUGGGUUGCAACUUGCACCUGAUGGCGGGGCUGGAAAUUCUCGGGAUUCUCUCAGAUCACUGGACCAGAUUCAGUGGAAUUUCAGCCUAUCAGAUCUUACAGCAGAUUUGUCAAACUUGGGAGAUUUAGGAGCCUUAGAAAACUAUCCUGGUUCCCCCUUUCUGCCGUCUGAUUCAGAAAUUUUACUCGACUCUCCAGAACAAGAGGGUAUAGUGGAGGAGUUCUUUGUUGAUUCUGUCCCUGGGCCACCGUGCUCUCAAUCAGACGAGGAGAAACCCUAGACAAAGGUGAGGAAAGUCCCUUUUCACUUUAAAUUGUUAGGGAAGGACAAUCAAUCAGUUAGAAUUUGUUAUAUCUAUUUACUAGGCAUUUCAGGGUCUUGUCAUCAACAGCUGAAUCUUUCUGGAUAGCUAGUUUGAUCUGUAUUAGAAUAGAGAUAGGAAAGUUGUUACAUCACUUGCAUUUGUAAUUUUCUUUUCCAUGAAAAGUAUCUGAGAACAUUGAGGACCAUAAUUGGCUUUUAUCAUGUAUUUGGAUAAAUUGGCAUCUAUUUGCAGCCAUAAUAAUCUGAUUGAAUGUUACAUUGAAUUUUC